AUUCUUGUGAUGAAUGAUGAUGGAUGACAUGACAGCCGAACAAAAAUUACGGCGUGGAUUUAUGGUUAAAAAAUUUGUGAAAAUCUGUUGACUGCAUCUCGAAAUAGAUGUUAGAAUAUAAUUAACCGCGUUAUAGCAUGGUGAUUGAUAGUUCUACUUACUAGUUGUUGAUGUCAAUAUAAUGACCGAUAAUUCAAAAGUUUCGAGGCAAAGUUUGUGCAUAUCAUUGUCGUUAGCGCGUAAGUCGGGCUCUCCGGUGUUUGGUGUAUUAUAGCAGCGGUGGACAGUGAUAUCUAGGAGAUGGUGUCGAUGGUGUUAGCAAACGGAUCGAAAGAAAACUAUAUUUGAUUGUGUAUACUGGAGAUAUAGCAGUAGAUAUUUGUUAAUAUGUAUCCAACAGCUACGCGGCACCCGGCUGCCGCGGUAAGGGGACCUCAGCCGCCGUCAGGACCUAUUAAAUUUACAAUAGCAGACACACUAGAGCGUAUAAAAGAGGAAUUUAACUUUCUUCAAGCUCAGUACCAUACUUUGAAAUUGGAAUGUGAGAAACUGGCCAGUGAGAAGACGGAAAUGCAGAGGCAUUAUGUUAUGUAUUAUGAAAUGUCCUAUGGACUAAAUGUGGAGAUGCAUAAACAGACAGAGAUAGCGAAAAGAUUAAGUGCUAUUAUAGGGCAGGUGCUCCCGUUCUUAGCACAGGAACAUCAGCAACAGGUGGCUUCUGCAGUGGAAAGAGCCAAACAAGUCACUAUGUCUGAACUCAAUGCCAUCAUCGGGCAACAACAACAGCAGGGCCUGCAGCAACUGCUUCAGCAAAUCCACGCAAGUGCGGGCCUGUCGCACGGGGUGGGUGGGGUCGGUGGCGCGGGCGGGCUGCUCGGGGCCGGCGGGCUGCUGUUCGCACCGGGGGGCGGGCCCCCACCGCCGCCACAUCUACCCCCACCCGCACAUAAGGUGGAGCUCCCCCCUCCGGCGGACAUAAAGCCCCCGGUACUGCCGGGCGGGCCGGCGCCGCCGCCGCUGCUGCCCGGCCAGCCGCCGCCCCGGGACGACGACAGGCUCAGCUCCAGGGUGCUACAACAGCAAAGGAGAUCGGUGUCCCCCCACGAGCGCGAGCAGAAGUACCGGCCGCGCUCGCCGGAGCCCGAGGCGCUGGACGUGAAGCGGAGAAAGGAGGAGAAGGUACUCAGUCAUGUGAGUCUAUGUAGUGACAGCGAUGCUGAAAAAAGUGAUCAAGAUCUUGUUGUUGAUGUGGCUAACGAGGAGGAAAGAGGGUCGCCAAGUGUUCGCACGGAGGGUGGGGAGAGAACAGAGAAUGGUCCGCGGCCGCCCUCGAGGUCCGGCUCCUCGUCCAGUCGCUCCACGCCGAAGAGUUCCAAAGACGAGAAGCCGGGCACGCCAGGCGGUAAGUUGGCCCGCGCGCCGACGCCGACGGGCGGGCGAGGCGGCGCCUACCCGUUCCCGCCGUACGCCGCGUACCGAGCCGCCGCGCCCGCGCCGCCGCUACCCAUGCACUACGACCAACAUCACAGGACCAAUGGGAUCGGGCCCACUAAACCCGCGUACUCGUACCACUCGUGCGGCGGUCCGCUGCAGCCGGUGGGGUUCCCCGCGGACGCGCUGGGCGGCGCGGGCGUGCCGCGCGGGGCCCGCGCCGUGGCCGCGCUGCCGCACGGGGAGGUCGUGUGCGCCGUGGCGCUGUCCCACUCGGGCUCCGCGCGCCACGCCUACACCGGCGGCAAGGGCUGCGUCAAGCUCUGGGAUAUAUCCAACCCGGGCUCCCCCGCCGCUCUCGAGCCGCUGUCGCAGCUUGAUUGCUUGCAAAGAGACAACUACAUCCGUUCAGUGAAGCUACUGCCGGACGGUCGCACGCUGAUAGUGGGCGGCGAGGCGUCCAACCUGUCCAUAUGGGACCUGGCCUCGCCCACGCCGCGCAUGCGCGCAGAACUCACCUCCUCCGCGCCCGCGUGUUACGCGCUGGCCAUCAGUCCAGACUCCAAGGUGUGCUUCAGCUGUUGUUCAGAUGGCAACAUAGCGGUGUGGGACCUACAGAAUCAAACAUUAGUUAGACAAUUCCAAGGGCACACGGACGGCGCGUCGUGCAUCGACAUCAGCGGCGACGGCACGCGGCUGUGGACGGGCGGGCUCGACAACACCGUGCGCUCCUGGGACCUGCGCGAGGGCCGACAGCUGCACCAGCACGACUUCUCCAGCCAGAUCUUCUCGCUCGGAUACUGCCCCACUGGUUCGUGGCUGGCGGUGGGCAUGGAGAACUCCCACGUGGAGGUGCUGCACGCGGGCAAGCCGGACCGCUACCAGUUGCUGCUGCACGAGUCGUGCGUGCUGUCGCUCAAGUUCGCCGCCGCGGGCAAGUGGUUCGUCUCCACCGGGAAGGAUAACCUACUUAAUGCGUGGCGCACUCCUUAUGGAGCUAGUAUAUUCCAGUCUAAGGAGUCGUCAUCGGUGCUCAGUUGUGAUAUAUCGGCGGACGAUAAGUUCAUAGUGACGGGUUCUGGUGACAAAAAGGCGACUGUCUACGAAGUGAUGUACUGAAGUGUCAGUGUCAGUAAUCUCAUAAGUCAUAGGCAAUAAAUGAACGUUGUUCGAGGUCCAGUGCGAAGUGAGAGCAGUUUUAUAUCAAACUUCGGUUGGCUGUACACAUUGUUAUAGUUUUAUUAUGAAUAUUAAAGUUUAUUGGGCCGAUACAUUGGUAGUUAUCGUGGAGAAAUGAUCAAGAAGCUUGUACACAAAGAUAUUAACGUAAAACAAUAUGUCUACAACAUUAUACAAGAUUUAAAGUUUGUAAGAGUUAAGAUUUGUUUAAUAUUAUGUUGUAUCUUUGUGUAUGAAUAUCUUGGUCUCAUGUAAGAUAUUGUAUUAUUAUGGUUAGAAGAAAAAAAUGUCUGUGUAUGCUUGUGACAUUCUGGACAAUAAUAGUCCAGCAAUAAUAGUUUAACAUCAGUCAGACUGCUGUGAGUUCCUUGCUAAAUUAUGUUCCUUUUGUAACCCUUUAAAGAAAUAAUUAUCUUGUCAAGAAAUUCCUUUUUGGUGAAAAGAUUGUUUGUAUUUACAUGUAACAAAGCAAUAAGGGCUGUCGAAAUAUUAUUUUGUAACAAUUAACAUAGGCCAAGGCAGCCAUUUCGAUCUCAAAAUUAUUUGGUAUUAAGAUAGUAUUGCAAACAGCAAAAUUAUGAAUAAGUAUUAAAUUCAGCAAUAUAAAGACUUCCAGCAUUUUUGUAUAGUGUAGGUAAUAAUGUGUACAGUCAACUAAAAAUGGUUGAAUUAAGUGUAAUUUUAAAGUAACAAAUAGAUCAAUGUUGCACCGUUAAACAUGGAUAUUUUUAGUGUUAUUAUAUAUUUUUAUAAUGAAAUAAGAAAAUAAUUUUAUUAAUUUUCCAAGUUGAAACUUGUUUCGUGAAUGGUCCAUUUAUUACGAGUAUUUAUUUUAUUAUUCUGACUUUAAGUUGUUUCAGACUGAUAUUCUGAGUAAUUGACGAGUUGGUUAUAUUAUUAUGCGUCUUGUAUUGAGUCAAUUUUUAUUAUUCCUUCGUUUAUUUGACGACUAUCGUCAAAUUACGCACACUUUCGCUUUGCAUUUUGUCUCUAUGUGGGGCCAAUGUUGGCCCCAAUCGUGUUCCUAAUGUAUGAUAGUUAAGGGCUCGUUUAGAGUACGAACAAUGUACAAAUAUGAUGGCCCUAACAUUGGCUCCAAAAUGGAGUGUUUGUGUAUAAAUAAAAGAUAGUGCCUGUUCAAACAUUUCAUAUUGAGUAGAAAAACGUGCUUUACACUUUUAGGUGAACAAGUUUUUAAUCAAGAUGAAGUUUCUUCAAUAAGUAUUGUUGAGAUUUUUAACACGUGGUGGGAAAUAAAGAGCGGUUUUCGGAAGUAUUUUUUUAAUAUGUUUCAACUAAAGUUAGUUGGAUGAGUUCAUUAGGAGAGGACUUUAUUUUCCUUAUUUGAUUCACUUUAAAGUGGACUGGGGAAAAAAGGAAAAUUAUGUUAUAAUUCAGAGUCCAGACUGUUUAUAAAAAUAGUUAUUUCCAUCAAAAUUCUUGCAAUAAUUAAUUAAAAAGUUUGAUUUCUAUAAUCUGACUGAAAUUUUUAUAUCAAAGUAUAUUUUUAUUGUACUUAAAUGUUUAUACAAAUUGAAUCUUUAAAUAUGAAUUUCAUUAAAAUAAUGAUCUGCGAAUUGUGAUAUUAUUUCUUCAAUGACUUAAGUGUACCGAGUAUGCGUCAUCAGAUUGACUACAAACAUUUAAUUGUUAUUUUACUGCAAAAUUGAAUCGUAUUAUGUACUUUGAUUAUAUUUAUUAUUUCGAUACAUAA